UAUUAUUUGAUAUUAAAAAGUUGUCGAAUUUUUUGUAAUGCAUUGUGUAAUUUUUUAAUCUAAUUGGCAUUUCAUAACUUUACUAUUACGUUAAAUUUUAUAUUUUUACUUUCCAACAUACGUAUUUCUGGUAUUGGUUAAAACGAUUAUGUCUAAACAUGAAAUUAAUCCGUAACGGAGUGUCAAAGUGUAAAAGGUUAGAAUAAACAGAACGAGCAAAGUGGUUUUAAUAUAUUAUCUGAAAUAAUAUAUAAUUGUCAAAUAUUAUGACUACAGUAACUGAAAAAUUACGUAUACUUGCUAUACAUGGAUAUGCUCAGUCAAAUAAUAUUUUCUACACAAAAUUAGGAUCCUUAAGGAAAGGAUUUAAAAAGAAUGUGGAGUUUGUAUUUUUGCAAGCACCACAUCAAGUUUCAAUGGAAAAAAAUUUUGGUACUGAUGAAUCAACAGAAGGAUAUGGAUGGUGGUUUAAUACAGAAGAUUAUAUAUUUAAAGCAACUGUACCAAGCAAUUUAUCUGUUGGUUUUGAAGACAGUGUGGCUUUGGUAGAAAAAACAAUUAAAGAGUCUGAUCCAUUUGAUGGUAUUCUAGGCUUUUCGCAAGGUGCAGCAUUUGUUACUAUACUUUGUUGUAUGCAGCAAAAAAAAUUAUUGCAAGCUAAAUUUAAGUUUGCAAUUAUUAUAUCAGGAUUUAAAUCGUUAUGCGCACCUCAUGAAAUAUAUUAUGAUGAAAAAAUAAAUAUACCUUCAUUACACAUUUAUGGAGAAAAUGAUCUAGUUAUUCCAACAGAAAUGGCAGAAGAAGUUAGUGAAAUGUUUGUAGAUAAGAAGAAAAUAAAACAUGAAGGAGGUCAUUAUAUACCAAGUAAGAAGGAGUUGUAUAAAGACUUUAUUAUGGAAAUAUUAAAUAAAAAUAAACAUAAGACAUAAUUUUUGCUUAUUAUAUCCUGACAUAUAAACAAAUUGUAACAAUAUAUAAAUACAGAGCGGAACAAAAUAAAUUUUCA